UUAAACAGACUGGCAGUGGGUAAAACUGUUGCAUCGUUGACACUUGUUUGGUACCUCUUGAGCAGGGGUACUUUGAACAUCUAAAGACCUGCAUAAGUUUUUGUUUUUACAUCAUUGUUUAAAAUCCAGGAUAAAAACCAAGAGUGAAAACAAUUUCAUUGUGUUUGUCAUUUAAAGAAGAAGAAAAAACCCAAAUCGUCUGCUUUUUAGAAAACGUUUUAUACAAACUAAGGAUGAAGAUGGACUUUUUUUGAAGUCUUGAUUUUGAAUAUAACACGAUGAACGAAACUAUACCAGAAAACACGGAUGCAUUGGACGUGUACUCGGACUAUAACUACACGUAUGACUAUGAAGAUAAUUUGGACUGGCUACCCUUAAAUGAACUUAUACCCUGUGUGACGUUUUACGUCAUCAUUGGACUAUUAGGAAUUUCCGGGAAUUCGCUGGUUAUCACGCUCAUUUUGGCGUUUCCUAAAAUGAGGAAUAUCACCAACUUGUUCCUGUUUAGUUUAGCUUCCGCCGAUUUACUGCUUGUUUUAAUUUGUGUACCCAUCAAGGAAUACGAAAUAGAGAGUUGGGCAAACACGGAUCCCUGGAUAUACCAGAGAUGGGAUCACAGAAGAGGCAAUAAAUCGUGGUGUGCCACCUUCUUUUCCUACACAUGGAGGAUGGGAGCGUUUCUAUGUACAUUCACACACUACAUACAGAACGUGUCUAUGGUCUGUUCCGUCAUGACGCUGACCGUGAUGAGCAUAGAGAGAUUUGUUGCCAUUAUUUACCCGUUGCAUGCUCGAUCCCUGUGCACAUCACGUCACGCCAAAUUUGUCAUCGGAUCCGUUUGGAUCCUCUCCUUUGUUUCCUGUGUGCCGAUUCUUUUUAUCCAAGACCUAAAGGAAGUUGGACGGCGCAUUAAAGCCUACUGGUGCAUCAAAAGGUUCUCGUUAACGAUGUACAACCUUCUGUUCGAGAUCUACAUGUUUUUCAUUUUGUUUAUAAUUCCCAUGACAAUAAUGAUGUUCACGUAUAGUCGCAUAUCCUACGAGAUUUGGAAAGUGGCGGACAGGCGAGCGGCACUGUCCGGAGAAAGAAAAGGUGAAGAGAUGAGCUUAAGGCCAGAUCCAAAAUCGUCACGCAGGUUAGCUAGACGAAGAUUCUUAAGUAGAUCAUUAAUAACCUCAGAGGAAUCUAAAACACGGAAACAGGUAAUCCUGAUGUUGAUGAUCAUCGUUCUGUUCUUCGCCAUUUGUUGGGGGCCAAUUCUUUUGAAUAAUCUCCUCGUCGCUUGCUCCGUUCUCGGUGACCUCCAUACCGGGUUUCUGAAACCAAUGCGAAUGACCUUUCACCUCAUGUCCUAUGCAAACAGCUGCGUGAACCCUAUUGUGUACGGCAUCAUGUCCAACAACUUUAAAGACCGAUUACGGAAAACAUUCUCCGGCAGGAUGGCGCGGAAUCAAAGUCUAACGACACGGAGUUCAAUUCCCAGCAGGGAUUCUACACUAAGAAAUCAAUAUACAAAUUAUCACAAUUUAAGAUGAAUCGACAGUGCAGCUAAAGCUGUAUUCAAGCCAGACUCCCUUAUUGACUAUUAAUUUCUUUUCUGAAGCCAAUGCGGGGUUUGUUUGUUUUUUGCACCCGCAUUUCUUAACGGAAGUUCCAUUACUUCAGAAUUUUAAUGUUCAUUAGUUGAAGUAUAUUGUGCUGAUGUGCAGAACAUUAGUUUCGCACACCGUUGCAUAUUACUACAUGCAGCACAUUACGUGUUGAAAAAGAAUAAUCACUUCAUGUUUACUAGUAUAUUAAAUGUAAUAAUGUACAUUAAAUUCAUCUGUGAUGUUUUUAAAAAUAUCAUCGUAACAUCCCAUUUCCCAGAACUCUCCGUGCUUGUCAGUCAACAAGUUGGAACAGUCAUGGAUGCUUUUCGGACGGAUUGGCAGUGUGACGUCAAGAUAUUGUCUCGUGUGAUUGUGAUAUCAUUGUUAUAUUGUUGUUAAAUUAAUCACAUCAUAUUUUGAUUUUUACAUAUCAAAAUCUAGUUGGAAUGUAAAUAUAUACUGUUAUCUCCGUCCGUCCGUCAAACUCUCCUGAGAUGGAACACUUUUUAUAUCGGCAUAGUAAAAUGCCCAUUGGACAUGGUUGUAUGAGCAUAUGUUGUAGAUAUACAAUAAGGUUUUUUAAUUUUAAUAAACGCAGGUCCAGGGAGUCCGAAUAGAUGCAAAAAAGAGCAGAAUACUACUGGAAUUGUACACUUA